AUGAAGACUGUGCCAUUUCUCUCGCUGCUCCAGGCAGGAAUAUUGACGUCUGGAAUAGUGGCGCAGAAUAUCGCUUUUGUGGGCAGCAACGCCAACGCCAUAGCGACUGUUAGCUUUGAUACCAAGACUGGAACUUUCAAGGUUACCGGAAACAACACAGAUUCCAGCACGCCGUCAUGGCAGGAAGUCUCGAGGGACGGCAAGCUGCUGUAUUCUAUCGAGGAGACAUCGACUGAACAUGCCUUGACGAGCUACUCUAUCGGUCAGGAUGGGAAGCUGAAGAAGCUGAAGUCUAUCAAGGGGCUGGCAGGACCUGUCUCCUUGGACAUGCACCCUACCCAGCCUAUAAUCAUCACUGCAAACUACGGCUCAGCGAGUGCUUCGGCGUACUCCUCAAAGGACAACGGCGAGCUCACCCACCUGGGAGACUUUAUGUUUAAAAUGCAAGGCAAGGGGAAGGUACCAGACCGCCAGGACGCUCCUCACCCGCACCAGGCGCUCUUCGACCCAACCGGCAAGUUCGUGCUUAUGCCAGACCUAGGCUCAGACCUGAUCCGCAUCCUCAAGGUAGACGCAGGACAGAAAUUCAGCGUUGCACCUCCCAACAAGGUCAAACCGGGGACUGGGCCUCGCCAUGGAGUGCUGUAUCCAGCCUCGGACAAGCCUCGGUUUUACUAUGUCGUUGGCGAGCUUUCCAACACGGUGACUGCGAUGUCCGUCGAAUACACGGUUGAAACGAUCAAGCUUACCGAGAUCCAAACCCUAUCUACGCUUCCAGACGGGCAGAGGGGGGCGGCGGGCGAACUCAUCCUCUCGCCAUCGGGCAAACACCUGUAUGCCUCCAACCGGCUUGACAAGGUCUUCCCUGGCUCCAGCUCCGUCGCUUCGUAUACCAUUGACCAGAUGACCGGCAAGCUGAAGCUGCUUGAAAUCUUCAACGGCGGCGUGGAGAACAUAAGACACAUGUCUAUCCACCCUAGCGGCAAGUGGUUUGUUACCGAAGGCCAGAAUUCGAACGACAUCAAGGUAUUUGCACUUGACCCUGAGACCGGAAAGGUGACACCGGAGGCCAAGUCUACGCUGGAGAUAGAAAAGCCUGUUUGCCUGCAGUGGUGGCAUAACGGUGCUCAAGAGAGUGAGGCCCCCGAGGCUGGCACCGAGACUGAAUGCGAAUUCGAUGACUAG